GCGCGCACACACACAAACACACACACACACACACUCGACGCGCGCGCGCACGCAGCAGCAGCAGUAUUCCGCGCUGUCCCGGUGGAGUGGAGCAUCACUGGGCAGCGACACCGCGCUGCUUUUCCCCCGCAGCUACACCGUGAUCCUGCGGGGCGAAGAGCGAGAGAGAGAGAGAGAGAGAGAGAGAGAGAGAGAGAGAGUUUCAUCACCGCGCAGACCUUCAUCACCGUCAUCUUUAUCAUCAGCAUCCUCCUCACCCUCCUUCUCUUCAACAACAGCAAGAGCAACAGCAGAAGCGGCUUCUUCUCCUUCUCCUUCUCCUUCUCCUCGUCCUUCUCUUGACGCCUCCAUGUAAAAACUGCAGCUGAGAUUUUGGGGAGUUUUUUUCCGUCACUGCAGAAGAGAACUCGGUUCAGCUGCGUGCUUGAAGACUGGUUCUUCAGGAAUAAUGUGGGCCCGACUGGGAGCGCUGUGGAUCUGGGCCUGGUUACUGGCCGUCAACGUUUUGGGCAAAAGCUCCAGUCAGAACGGAUCAGAUGGGCAGAACAUCACCGUCUUCACCCAGAUCCUGGACAGUCUGCUGGACGGCUAUGAUAACCGUCUCAGGCCAGGACUUGGAGAGCGCGUGACUGAGGUGAAGACUGACAUCUUCGUGACGAGUAUCGGCCCUGUCUCUGAUCAUGACAUGGAAUACACCAUAGAUGUGUUCUUCAGACAGAGUUGGAAAGACGAGCGUUUGAAGUUUAAAGGUCCAAUGGCAGUGCUGCGCCUCAACAACCUGAUGGCCAGUAAGAUCUGGACUCCUGACACCUUCUUUCACAACGGCAAGAAAUCUGUAGCGCACAACAUGACCAUGCCUAACAAACUGCUGCGCAUCACAGAGGAGGGAACGCUGCUGUACACCAUGAGGUUGACGGUGAGAGCUGAAUGCCCGAUGCACUUGGAAGAUUUCCCCAUGGAUGCUCACGCCUGUCCACUCAAAUUCGGCAGUUAUGCGUACACACGGGCGGAGGUGGUGUACGUGUGGACGAGAGGAGCUGCUCAGUCAGUGGUGGUCGCUGAAGAUGGAUCUCGACUGAACCAGUAUGAUCUGAUGGGACAGACGGUGGACUCGGGAGUCGUCCAGUCCAGCACCGGCGAGUACGUUGUCAUGUUGACGCACUUCCACCUGAAAAGGAAGAUUGGCUACUUCGUCAUUCAGACGUAUCUGCCCUGCAUCAUGACCGUCAUCCUGUCCCAGGUUUCCUUCUGGCUCAACAGAGAGUCCGUUCCUGCCAGAACUGUGUUCGGAGUGACCACUGUCCUGACCAUGACCACUCUGAGCAUCAGCGCUAGAAACUCUCUGCCCAAAGUGGCCUACGCCACCGCCAUGGACUGGUUCAUCGCUGUUUGCUACGCCUUCGUCUUCUCCGCCCUCAUCGAGUUCGCCACCGUCAACUACUUCACCAAGAGGGGCUAUGCCUGGGACGGCAAGAGCGUCGUACCUGAAAAGCAAAAGAAGAAAAAGGAAUCCCUUCUAAAGAAGAACAACACCUACACCGCUGCCACGGCAACCGCUUUCGCCCCCAACAUCGCCAGGGAUCCAGGAUUAGCAACCAUCGCCAAAAGCGCGCCUCCUCCGCCGACCGAGCCAAAAGAAGAGCCAAAACCCAAACCGGCUGAGGCGAAGAAAACGUUCAACAGCGUGAGCAAAAUCGACCGGAUCGCCAGAAUAGCGUUUCCUCUGCUCUUCGGUACCUUUAACCUGGUCUACUGGGCGACGUAUCUCAACAAAAAACCCAAAAUUCAAGAUGCGCUAACACCACACUAAUCUAAACCUCGCCUUUUUCCUCUUUCUUUCUCGUCUCUUCUUUAAACGUUUCCUUCAGAGUAGAACAAAGUAGUGGUCGAGUCGCUAGUCUCUACUUCGCCUCCUGUGUAAUAUAAGCUUCCCAGAUUUAAAAAAAAAAAAAAAAUACAGAAAUCUAGAAAAUGUGCUAAAUGCGUUGCCAUGACGAUAUACUGUACCUCAGCAGUAUAUAACUCUACAGUCACACGUCCGAGAACUUCAUUUCCUCAUCACACCUUCAUGCAUGAGCUGCACUUUUUCCGUUUCCGUGACGACGGUAGAUGCUACCUACGAGUGUUCUUCCAUCCUCCGUAGUCGAUGUGUUCUAUUUGAAAUAGAGUUUUCGACAUUGCAAGAGCAAUAAAAUAAAACACGUCUCAGUGGACCCACGUUGGCUUUAUUCACGCUAUACACAUGGCUCCAGACGUCACUGACACCGGGCUUUACGUUUAAUCUCAUUUUACUGUAAAUAUUCUAUAAAACCUUCGAGAUGUCAGUCAUCCCUCUGAGCUUUGCUUAACCUACCAGAUUAAAGCAGUUCAGGGCAGAGAGGAGGAAAGCUGGAGGGUUUAAUGAGACACAACCUGAGGCUGGUCAUGGCUCCACUUUUGCUUAAAUAAAUAAACAAACAAACAAAUAAAUAAAUACAGACAUUUAUUUAUGGUCAUUACAUACAAACUAUCCUCUGAGUAAAAGGUUAAUUCUAGAUGAUUCCUUAAAUCUAGAAGGUGAAAGCGUGAGUCCACACUAGCAAGCGCCGAAACAUCAGGCAACGGUUUUUCCUGCGAUAACGAACUCACAGCUCCAGCUCUCAACACAGAGAAGGGGCGUGUCCUAAACGCUAACGAUCGAGAGAGCAGUUCUCGCCAUCAUGUCUGUUAACACGUACAGAGGGUGCCAAUAUUUACACAAAAACGUGAAUCAGAUUCACCUGCAGCAGACAUCAACUCACUGAAGGGGAAAAGAUGUGAAGCGGGACGUGAAAGAGACUGGUUGUGUUGAGUCUCGGACAUGUGAGCCAAUAGAAGACAAGUGGGUGGGGCUGUGGGUGCUCUCGAUAAGAAGCAUGAACUUUAACGGUACUGAGAUCAGCGGUGAUGGCAGAUGUGAAGGGUUUUGCACCUAUCUUGUGACAUCAUAAGUGUAUGCGUAGCCCCGCCCACUAAUCUGUUUAAUACAGAAAUAAUGAAAACAUCGCUUUGAAAGAGGAAAAGUUUGAACACAGACUGUUUUCAUUUUUGAUGUUGAGGAAUAGGCCACGCCCACAGUUAACAAACAGAGCAGUUGUGAUGUUUUUAUACAAACAAAUCUUUUUAAGUGAAAGAAUUUUCACAGCAGUCUGUUUGAAGAGAAGUUCUAAAAAAAAUAACAAUCAUGACACAACAAAAACCAGGAAACAGACCUGAUUAAUUGAAGUGUUUGACUCAAGUAAGUAAAAUAAGCCACACCCACAACAAUUUUACAACAAACCUCUCCCUUUCAGUGGAAAAUUAAUUUUCUUAACAGUCUUCAAAGAGGAGAUAAAUACUAAUGUGACAUUUUAAAGUUAAAAGCAGAAUAGGCCACGCACACAGGAAACAAACCUGCUCUGUUGCUGGUGUGAACACGGCUUCAGGCUGCUGAGCAGAGCAUUUUUGCGUGUAAUCGUGUAAUGUGGAGUGAAAUCGAUCUGCGUGAUGGGAUUUUACAGAGGAGCAUUUUUUAUAUUUAAUGUGGAAUUCAUUCCCCUUUCUUUGCGUGUUUGGUUGAGCUGCAUGCUGGAAGCUCUCGUACCGUAGAUCAUUCCAUGAUUCUGUUACUUUGCUGCUCGUCGCUUGUUGAACGAACGUGAAUGGACGGAACCUCAAAGCGAUGCCUUUUCGUGGCUCCCGGACCGACAAGGCCCUCGCUAGGUGGAGCUCUGAUCUCAGUGUGUCGUGUGAUUGGUUGAAAACUUUAGAAAACUCAGACAGCACCAGCUACACUGCCUCCUGCCCCUCGCAUGCUGCUCUGGAACCGGCGCACUUCAGUUCCGCCUCAUUCGCUCCCGUACGCCAGCCGCAUCCUGAUGUGAAGCAGUUGCCUAGCUGUUCCCUUAUUUAUUUAUUUAUUUAUUUAUUUAUUUAUUUAUUUAUUUAUUUAUUUAGGGACUUUCUUGUAGCAUGAUGUCAGAUAAUAAGCGCUCUGUGGUUCGGUGUUGUGCGAUUUUGAGAAAUCACGUCGAUGUAGCAAUAUGAGAAUAGUAAAGGGCUUUUUCACGAUCGAACACUCGUCAUUCUGGACAUUUGCACGUUUCUCUGACAGACAGAAACGUCACCACGCACGGCCGUGUCUCAGCCGACAAACACCACCUUUCUGGUUUCUGUUUGCAACGUUCCAGCACUCGGGAUGCCGUGCGCUCCUUCCUGUAUCCUGAAAUCUUUUCUCUCUCUGCAUGGAAUCCGAGCGGGUCAUGUGACUGGAGGUGAAAUGCACUCUGGGAUUUUGUAGGAUAUGCAAGCAGACAGUCCAUCGCUCCGACGCUGUAGAAAUAUGAAUUCUAUACAUGAUAGAGUAUAUAGAAACAUUUCUGUUGUGGAUGUUCAUCGAUAAUCAUGCCUACAUGACAGAGGGGUGUGGCCUGGAAGGGAAAAGAAAUCAAUAUAAAUAUAUAAAUAUAUACAUUAUACAGUAUAUUAUUCUAUACUCUAACACACUGCAUAUAUAAAUACUUCAUGACUUGUUCUACAGAGAAUAAAUAUUGUUUGUACCAACUUAUUGUUAUGCAUUUUGCACAUUAGAGGCAUCAUUUACAUAUUUACAUAUUCACGUAGUGAGCAUUGUGCUAUGCAAGACUAGCUCUGAAACAUGCUAAUUAGCUUUUUUCCUCUUAAUAGAGCAAAAAUAUUGUACAGGAAAUAAAGAACUCUAUUACGCUC